AUGCUCUAAAGAGCUAGGGGAGGAGAGGGAUUUUUUCCUGAAUACCCGUUGCUGUUGCUGAUUGCUCUCCUCUACAUCUCGACGCGACGUGUGUCUCAUUCUGUCGUUCGACGCCACGACACCAAAGGCUAGCUAAUAAUAAUGAAUAAUAAACAAUAAUGGCUUGAUAGGCCUAGGAGCCUAGGCUUUAAUUCAACCAUAUUCAACUGUAUCUAUGCUACUUCAAGCUUUUAGGCCUAUAAUGAAUUUCUUCAGGACAGAGUAUUUUUGAAACCAACACAGUUGCUAGGAAGGGCAGAUGUUGAGUACUAUGGAAGAAACAAACAUGAAGAAAUCUGCCUAUGAUGCUGAUAGGAUAAAUGAAGGUGCUUCUGAAGUUCCUAAUGACACCAUUGAAGCUGCGCUUAAGGAAGCUGGUUUAACAAGUGAGGACUGUACAGAGCAGCAAGUCAUCACAAUUGAAGCUGGAACAGAUAGCAUCAUAGCUGCUGUUGAAGAAAACCUGCAGCAUACUGUCAUUAUGAUAGUUCCACAAGGUGGAGAAAUUGGAGAACAGCAGUACUUUAAUGUAUUCGAAGAGCAAGAAAUCUGCACAUCUAAUCAUGUUGAUGAAGGCAAUUUUACAUGUGCUAAUUGCGGUAAUGUUUUUAAAGAAAGAAAGAAGUUCCAUGAGCACAAAUGUUUGAAAAAUGUUGUACUAGAAGAUUUUUUAUGCAAAGUUUGUGGGAAAAUUUGUUCUGAUGAAAAUAACCUCAAAACACAUGCAACUAUCCACUUGAAGCCAGAAGUAAAAGGAGAGCAAUUUGCUUGUGAGAAAUGUGGAAAGGUGUUUAAGCAGAAGUGGUCAUGUGAAAACCAUUCAUGUCAUACUAAGAACUUCAUGUGUGAGCAGUGUGGUAAGGGUUAUGGUAGAAAGGGUGAUCUGAAAAGACAUAUUGCUUCAAUGCAUACUGCGACAAAACCAUUUCAGUGCAACUCUUGUGAUAAGAAAUUUGCAACCAAAUGGCAUCUCUCACAGCAUGAGCAAGUGCACUCUAUUGGAAAAUGUUUUCAAUGUCAAGAAUGUGGAAACAAAUACACUCAAAAGUCCCAUUUAGAUCGUCAUAAAUUUUCACAUUCUGAAAAUUCUGUCAAAUGUGAAAACUGCAGUCGAAUGUUUGCUAAUGGUUCUGAGCUUCUUGCUCACAGGUGCAAGAAAGAGAACCAGAAGCCCACAAGGUUUGCCUGUGAGCUAUGUCAUAAGACAUUCUCUAGAAAAAAUGAUUUGAAAAGGCACCUUUUCUUACAUAAUGGUAAUAAACCUUUCCCAUGCAGUUAUUGUACAAAAUCUUUUGUGACUAGAUGGCUUUUAAAGCACCAUGAACGGAGCCAUACAGGUGAAAGACCUUACCACUGCCACUGUGGAAAACAAUUUGUACAGAAAUCACAUCUUGAUAACCACAAAAUCUUGCAUGCACCACAAGUGUUUAAGUGUAAGCAUUGUAGACGGAGGUUUUCUGAAAAGGAAUGUCUUUCUAAGCAUGAAAAAAUCCAUUUAAAGGACAACGAACAAGAGACUCGAAUUGAUUUGAUUGAACCUGGAUUAGACAGUGCACUUGAGUAUCUGUUGCAGCUUGCAAAGGAAUCUAGCAUAGCAACAGACAUUGAUGCUGAGAAAGAUUCCCAGCCAAAUACAAGUCAGACUGAAGAUGAAAUCAAUAACUCUUCUACUGACAGUGUGAAAGACCCUUCUACAAACGUUGAGGAUAAUAUCAGCAGUAAAGAUGAUGAAGCUUUGAAUGACGCCAAUGCAGAAAGUAAUGUAAAUAAACCAGCAGAUGACAUGGGCCAAAAAAAUAUUUGUAAGUAUUGUAACCGUGCUUACAAAUACAGAGCCAGGCUAUUAAAACAUAUAGUUACCCAUGCUGCAUUUCAUUUUGAUACUGACACUGAGUUUCUCAGUCGUCAGGAGUGUGACUAUCUGGAUGCUGGAGGUAAGAUGGAACUUUUUACCUGUCUUGGGUGCAACAGAACAUACAGUAAUGAGGCUAAAUGCCAUGAUCACAAACUGAAAUGUAAUUCCCAAAUGCCGACCAGUCAGAUUGAAAAACCAAUUGAAGAAGAUGGCGAUACGGAAGAGAUUGAGUCUAAUGGUGAAAAUGGUUCAGACGAUCUGGUUUGCAAGGUAUGCAACAAAGAAUUCCUAAGUAAAGAAAAACACCACCAACAUAUGAUUUAUCAUAGGCGCCGUUCAUUCUCAAAUGUUUUUGUGAAAUCUGGAGAUCCACCUGUUAAAAUGUGGGAUAUAAAAUUGCUUUUUGUUUGUAGUUAUUGUGAAAAGGAAUUCUCAUAUAAAACUAGCUUUGAGCGACAUGAACAACAGCAUCAAGGGAAAUCAGGAUCUAUGGAGAAACACAAGCCAACACACUUGCAUGUUUGUGUACAGUGUGGAAUGGACUUUCGUCGCGUAACACAUCUGAAACGUCAUAUGCAACUGCAUGAAAGAAAAGGCGCCUGUCUUAAAAAGCAGAAAUCAUCAGUCAUCCAAGAAACUAAAGAAAAUCAAUCAGAAGGACAGUCAAUAAACUUGUCUUCAUCUGAGUUAAAUGGUAUCGUAAGCAAGAGUAAUGAAUUAGAAGAAAAUGAAUUAAUUAAAAGUGCUAAAACAAACAGCCGACCAGUAAGAGCAAGGAACAUUCCAUUACGGUACAGAAGUAAAUUUGAUAAUUUGCAAAAGGCUAACAAACCUAAAGAUAAUUCUUUAACUGAAGCAGCUAAAUGUGAUGCAUUGAGUUGUGAAGACAGUGUGGCUGAUUCAACUAAUAUGACUUAUCCAAGCAGGAAACAGAUGACAGAUAAUGUUUCUGAGAAUGAAGAUAGUAAUGCUUCAGAUAGCAGAAUAGCAAACAAUGUGGAUAUGUCAAAUGUGGAAGAAAAUUUAAUUGAUAAUGAAGAUGAAAGGAAUGCUGACAAACCAAAGUUAGAUAAAAUAAAGUUAAGAAAUAGUAUACAGGUACACCUACGUCGAAGUAAACGGACAGCUGCAUAUCAGCCACAGCAUAACAGUAGCAAUAUAAGCACCAAUGAUGAUGAUGAUACACUAAAGGAUUCCCAAGUACCUAUGUCAGUACCCUUAACACAAACCUGUGUGCAAUUGAAAAAGCACAAAGAAAAGAAAGCUGUUAAACAAUUUAAGAAAAAGGUAAAUAAGAAACAACAGAUUGCCUUUGAAUGUAAAAAAUGUAAAAAAGAUUACUUAUCAAAGAGGUUACUAGAUCGCCAUUUGAAGUUUGAUCCCCUCAGGCCUCUUACAUGUAAGACAUGUUGCAGGAGAUUCAGUUUGCAGGAAUCUCUUGAAAGGCAUGAAGCAGCCCAUGUUGGAAACUACAUUCUAUCAUGUAAAGUGUGUGGCAAAGGCUUUAAUCAUCAAACUCCACUGACAACACAUAUGCAAAAACAUACCGGAAGCAAGAGCCACAUGUGCGAUGUGUGUGGUAAGAUGUUUGUCACAAAGUUCAACCUGAAGGCACAUAACUAUAUCCAUUCUGGUAAGUCGCCAAAUACCUGCAAGUUCUGCGGCAAGAAUUUUGGGCGGAAGAAUGAUCUUCGUCGUCAUGAGUCGAAUCAUGAGGGAUCCCAGCCAUUAUCAUGUAGAUUGUGUAGUCGCAAAUUUACUAAUAGAUGGCAUCUUCGCUAUCAUGAAAAAUCACAUGCCAAUAGGAAGUCAUACAGAUGUGACAUUUGCUCAAGUACCUUCUCAAAACAGAAGGAGUUAUCAACACACAAGAAAUCUGUACACAGUAAUGAUGGUUUAAGCAAGUGAACGAAGAGCCACAAACUGAGGAACUACAUAUUGUUUUUCUUAGUGCAUGAAUAGCAUUGCAUUGUUUGUAUUAUAUGAUUUAAAAUCUAAAGGUAGCUGGCACCAUCAAAGGAAGAAAUGGUUGGUAAUGUAGUGGUACUGUAUAUUCAACAGUCUUGAAAUGGGGGUGGGGUGUGCAGUUGGGAGGUGAGGCUUCAUGAAUAAUUAAGGGGGAGCUAACUCACAAAAAAAAUGGUAAUACAGUAUGAGGAGAUUUGUUAACUACUGGAACGUAAUUUUUUGACUUUGAAAAUUUUCAAUGGAGGGUGCAAGAUUUUUUUGGGGACUAUGCCCCCACCGCACAACUCCUAGACACACCACUAUGGUCAUGUCACAUGUCCUUUCAUAGCCAUGAUAAAUGAAAUAAGACAAGAAUAGAUCAGUGGGAUAGAAGAGAAUUUUACAGAAUUGAGGAAGGCAUUAUAAAUGAAAAGGGAUGUCUUGAGGGACCUGCUCUUGGUAGAACAAUAUUGAGAAUUAAUAUUUAAUUUGUUCAAUUUUAUGCAUUAAUGGCUAAUGGUUAUAUACAGUAUUUUUCAUUUUUGUAUAGGCCCUAUUACCGUAUUUAUUCAAUUAAAGGCCCCAUUGUUGAGAAGGGUGCUUGAGGUGCAUUUAUUCGAGUGAGGCUUUUGUUUUAUUUGGUGUAAAUGGAUACAAACGCACGCCCCUUAAUUUUACUGUAGAUAUUGCAUGAUUAUAAAGAUUUAUUGAUGCAAAUCAGGUUAGAAAAAAUGUAAUUACUCUACAGGGUAGUACCCUUGAGAAUGUUCUUGCUUCCAUUAGACUUGUUUACGGUGUGGGGGUUGGGCGUUUAUUCCAAAUGAGGCUCUAGAUGGGCAUUUAUUCAAGCGGGGCAUAUUCGGUAAUAAAUAAUGUAUAGUGUACAUCUUCUAUAUAAUAGAGUCCUAUAAACAUGUCUCGGAGUGCUGUAUUCAAUACUGUAUUUGAUUUAGGCCUACUUUUUAUAUUAGCUUUCAAUUGAAUUAUUAUUAGUAGAAAAUGUUCCCUCAAAAAUUUAACAGACACAUAAAACAAUUGACAGUACAAAUUGUUUUCGCUUUUCUUGCAUUCUCUAAAAUCUUUUACAGACAUGCCUAAAAUAACAGUAUUACCCAUGCUCGGCUCUGACUGAUCCUUUUCUGGGCCUCCCAUUUUUAAUUUUUAAUUCUGAUUAGGCCUAAUUGACUCUACUUGUAUUGUGCCCAUCUGAAGGUAAUUUUCGUCUGUUAUUAUUUUGUUAUACGAUGAUGUUAAAAGAAAUAUAACGUUUGUUCUACUGUAUGGUUAAUUUUCGUUUGGCAUAGUUUUCAUUAAGAUUUACUAUCGCAUUUUGUAAACAUCGAAUUUAUUGGCAAUUAAUAUAGAUUGAAAUGGAUCUAUAGUACAGAGGCUAUUUAAAUGAAUAAAAAGUAAUUUUGACCGUUUUUCCA